UCGGUCGCCCGUCCCUCCUUGCCCUCUCCGGCGACCCUCGGGCCAAGCCUGGCUACCUGCCGCCCAGUCACCUUCCAGCUCCCUACCACCUAGUCCUUCAUAUCCGUUAGCGCUCAUUCGCGCCUCCUAAAGCUUUCCGUUGAGUGCGCAGGGCCCCCUCCAGGCCAGGAGUGAUUAAUGGAUGCCUGGAACUUGACCUACAUAUAUAUUCAGAAAUGUUUUGCCACCUGAGACCUGUGAGGAGGUUAUGUCCAGGAAAGAUAUUUCCAUACUGCUUUCUGUUAUCAAGAGCUUUGUCAGGAGCUGAAGCCGUCAAUGCUUUGAGGCCGUUUUACUUUGCUGUACAUCCAGAUUUCUUUGGACAGCACCCCAGGGAAAGGGAAGUCAAUGAAAAUUCCCUUAAGAGAUUAAGUGCCUACUUAGAAAACCUUCAGAAACCAGGCUUCAAGUCUUUGAAACCAACCCAGCUUGUGUUUUAUGUAAGAGAAACAGAUCAGCAUCCCUCUGAUGGCCAGGAACACUUCAGCACUUCUGGAUUUCGAGCAGUCAAAUUUACUUUGCACACCAGAGAUCUGCUAAGCACAGUAUUAUAUAUUCUCAACUCCUGCAGUUUAUCUAUUGAACAUGUCCAAAGCUUGAAUACUAAUGUGCAUUCCCAGCCUCUCAAAGAGGCCAAAAGGACAUCUGACAGGCCCAUCAAAUGGGACAAGUCUUACUACUCCUUUACUGGAUUCAAGGACCCUGAUGAAGACCUCGAGCAAGUCUGGAGAACGGAAACAACCCUAACUUCCUGGUUAGAUAACAAUGGGAAAAGUGCUAUUAAAAAGCUGAAGAAUAGUUUGCCACUUAGAAAAGAACUAGAUCGUUUAAAAGAUGAACUGUCUCAUCAGUUGCAGCUGUCAGAUAUCAGGUGGCAGAGGAGCUGGGGUGUCGCCCACCGCUGCAGCCAGCUACACAGUUUAGGCCGCUUAGCCCAGCAGAACUUGGAAACCCUUAAAAAUGCAAAAGGAUGUACAAUAAUAUUUACAGACCGGUCCGGGAUGAGUGCAGUGGGCCAUGUGAUGCUAGGAACAAUGGAUGUCCAUCACCACUGGACAAAACUUUUUGAAAGAUUACCAAGUUAUUUUGACCUGCAGAGGAGGCUGACACAUUUGGAGGACCAAAUAAGCUAUCUUCUCGGUGGCAUCCAAGUUGUUUAUAUUGAAGAAUUACAGCCAGUGUUGACACUUGAAGAAUAUUACUCUCUUCUUGACGUGUUCUAUAAUAGACUCUUGAAAAGUCGAAUACCUUUUCACCCUCGAAGUCUGCGUGGGUUACAAAUGAUCCUUAACAGUGACAGAUAUGCCCCAAGCUUGCAUGAACUCGGGCAUUUUAACAUCCCAAUCCUUUGUGAUCCAGCAAACCUCCAGUGGUUUAUUCUCACCAAAGCCCAACAGGCAAGAGAGAACACAAAGAGAAAAGAAGAGUUGAAGGUCAUUGAAGACAAUUUGAUGCAGGCUUCCACGAAGAAAUUCUCUCUGGGAAAGUUUUACAAGGAGCCCAGCGUUUCCAGUAUACAGAUGGUGGGCUGCUGUAAGAGACUUCUGGAGCAAUCGCUGCCUUACCUACAAGGGAUGCACCUCUGUGUCUCACAUUUCUACUCUGUCAUGCAGGAUGGAGACCUUUGUAUUCCUUGGAACUGGAAGAAUGGGGAAGCCAUUAAGUAACACAGAAAUCUAUAUUAUUUUUUAAAGAGGAAAGAAACUGUUAUACUUAUUUAAAAUCCACAACUUGAUAUAACAGUAUUAUUUACAUGUUACAGGAACAGAGUUUCUAAUUGCUGCUUUGGAAGUAGACUUUUUAAAUUAAUUUCUAUUAGGAAACUUGUUUUUAAAAGGUUUUACCUGCCAAUGCUUUCUUAUUCGCCCCCCCGCCCCACCAGAUAGUGUUUAUCUGAUUGGCAGGACUGGCAGAAAAGAUGAUAGAAAGAACAUAUUUGUAGUGGUAUUAAAAUGGAGGAUUCUACUGGGUGAAAGAGAUAUAUUUUUUCUUUUUUUUUUUUUUAUGUGAGUGAAAACUGGUAAGUAUAAACCGGCCUCAUUCAGUAUAGCUCUGAAGUCUUGGAACUCAUUUCCACAUGCAGCAAUUCAACAUGCAACUUUAUGGUUAUAUCACAUGGUAUCAGUACACAUACCUGUACUUUGCAGCCAAUUAUGCACCGUCUGAGUCCAAAACAGGUGACAUGGGUAGCACAAAUUCAUGAACCAAAUUUUGCCUAAAGACAGAGUAGAUGGGAAAAAGCCAUUGAAUGAAUAUAUGAUAUUGACGUUAUCACAAGCCAUCUGCAGCCGUUUGUGAAAGCACAUCCAAUGACAGAGGAUUUAAAGUUUUCAAUAGGUACAUGUAUAUGUAUGACUGAGUCCCUUCACCGUUCACCUGAAACUAUCACAACAUUGUUUGUUAAUCAGCUAUACCCCAAUACAAAAUACAAAGUUUGUUAAAAGUUUUCCUACCCGUUAAGAUACUCUGUCAGUGGCCUAUAACUAAGAGACAGUGAAAUUUUUUGAAUUAUUGAAUGAGGUGAUAGAUUUGUUUUCAUGGACAAACACUAUCCAGAAAAAUCCUUGUUUCUCAAAGAGUACCACCAAGUAGGGUCCAGUUUAAAAUGAUUCAGACCACUCAGGAUCUGUCACCCCUCUCAACCCCGGUCUUCCAGUGAUUAGAACACGGAUUAAAACACCGAGUCACCUCCUGUCCACAGUUGUGUGGACUUCGCUGAACCCAUAACCCAGCCCCGAGCUCUGUAGACACAGGGCUCCUCUGCAGAUAUUUCCCUCAGGAUAAUAUUUUUUUACCAGAUCCCAAACCUCUUCCACUUAUUUCUCAAAAGGACAAGGUGAAUCCAGGUCUGUAACACCCAUUUUUGAGGCUCUUACUGCUGAAGAAAUAAAGGAAAUUUUCCAUAGAGUAUUAGAAAGGCAAAGAGAUGUUAAAAUUGAUUCUAGAAGCAUGUUUUAAAUUUAUCUAAAAUUGAUUAUUUGAACGGUUAAAGUACAAAUGUGUGUUUGAAUAAGUAUUGAUUUGUAUUUAGUAUAGUUCGUGCAUACCACCCCUUUUAACCUGUGCCUAACAACUGUACUUUUUUUUUUCUAAUGUAAAAAUGUUGCUGCCUGUGUAAGGUUUCCAGAACCAAAUAAUGGGAGUGAAACAUUCUUCAGAGGUUACGCAAGAUUUACUGGAGGGACUUCAGUGGUGGUACAGUGGUUCGGACUGCUUUCACCACUGAGGGUGCAGGUUUGAUCCCUGGUUGGGGAGCUAAAAUCUAGCAAACUGCAUGGCCAAAAAAAAAAAAAUUGGAAAAAUAAGUUUGGAUUAUGCCAUUUCUAAGAUCAACUAAUACAGAAUCCUCAGUAAUAUGUUUUGAAUUGCACUUUGUCUCAGAACUGUUACAUAAUAAAUAAUACAUUAACCAGA